UGGAUAAGCUCAGUGUGUUUGCAAUACCAUCGACUUUGCUCAAGUUUGAAGAUGUUCAAAAUCGACUACAAAUCGGUAAUACAAUUUUUAUUAGCUUCUAAAGUUUAUUUUAAAGUUCUUGGGUGUAGAGUAGGUGUAAUGAUGAUCCAACUCGGAUUUACAUUCUUAUGAUAUUGUUGUUGGGUACUUGCCAGUUCGAGCAUUCUGCUAAUUCUUUUUUAUGCCACCCAUUCAACUUUAGAGCUUUUCUUUUUUUGUUGCCUUGUGGGCUCUUGAGGAAUGGAUUAUUUUUUUUUUGUUUUGAAUGAAGGAACUUACUUCAUUUCAAUUGCCAUUUCUGGUGAAAUUUGUCCAAAACAAUAGGAAAUAAAGUCUUGGGAGAAAGAAGUAAGUUUUCCGGAUUGUGACAGUUUAUCACCCAUAAAAUUUCAUUUGUGCCAAUUAAUCUGCAAAAAAAGAGGGGAAAGGAAAAUGUGUGUUGAGGGUGGGCAGAGGAGAACAUUGGUCUUCUCUUCUAAAGUGGUGUUUGUUGAAAACGUUGAGGCGAAAUUGAAGUGAAUUGCGGUUACUAAUUUUGAUGUUGCGGCCUCGGUGUUCUUGUGAGUUGUGUUGUUUGCUCAACUGCUGGUACUUUGCAGUGUCCAAUGCUUACGUGUAUUCCCGAAGAGCGACCAAACCUAAUCCGUUGGUUCAUUCGCCCUGCGUCCCAAUUUACCCUAUAUACCAACAUAGAAUAUCGACUUGAAAGCCAAACUCGGUGGGACGUCGGUUGCUGUCGGUUUGGCUUGGCCUGAGUUCUAAAUGGCCAAAGAACCCCAUGGAUUUAUGAGAAGUUUCCAGGAUAGGGCAGUUAGAAUUUUGGGAUGUUCUCUAUCUUCAAUUUUGGGACAAUUUGGGACAAGUUAUGAUCAUUUUGGGGGUUUAUCGAUGGUUUCAUGAUCAAGGUAGGAGGUAUCAUUAAAGUUUUUCUUUUUGCACGGGAAUAAGGGCGUAGGGAAUAAUUUUUUUCGCCAAAAAAUAUGUGCAAAUACAUACAUCUUCCAUGGAUGCGCAAUUUUAUCAGUACAUUGUGCGCAGUUGCACACCCCCGAAUCUUCUGCAACCUACUCCAGUUGCUUCACAGAACCCGCAGAUUGAAGAAAUCGCUCGAAAGUUUAUUGAAAGCGCGAAUUGUUACCAUUAGAUUUUUUAAGCUAAAUUCAAUCAUAAAAUAGAGACUUUUCAUUUAGAAACAAUCUACAAAAUGCAUUUGUGAGUUCUGUUGAAAUACUUGUGAGUUUUUUAUUGUUCUUCCUCUCUCUCUUCCCAUUUUCUAAAAGAGGCGUAUGUUGGAAUGAUGGAAGGAAUAUAAGUUACACAAAAAAAAAAUUGAAAGGGAGUUACAAUGAGAAGAGAAUUAUAAUAAAAAAAAAGUUCGACCUUAUGUAAUUAACAAAUUAUUGUGCUCAAUAUCAUGCUACGGUGUGAAAGUGAUGAUUCAAAUACAAGAUAUUUAUUCAAACAAAAAGCUUUCUAAAUAGAACACUCCAUUGAGUAGAAUUUUAAAGAGAAAAAAAGGAGUUCUUUGUGAAAAAAAACGUCGAAAUGAAUGUGAUUAAGUUGUUUUAAUUAAAUUUUCCACGCAGAAGGAUAAUCAUAUUUGUGCGUGAGAUGGAUAUGAAUUGCAGACGAUAUAGAUAUAGCAAAAUAAAUUAAUCUAUAUAGUUUUGAUAACAUACUGCUAACAAAUGACUGUGAAGUGUAACUUUUAUGUCGUGUAGUAACCACGCUUGAUGAAAACAAGACUUUGGGAGGGCUAGAGAGAAACUUUUUUCAGUCAUCUCAAGAACUCGAAAAAAAAUAUCGCUAACAACACUGGCUGUGGCUUAUCGGAAAAAAUUAAUAACCUAUACUAUAGUGUGAAGAGUUCUUCCUUUGGAUAUGUGGCUUUUGUGAGUCCUCAGUAUCAAAUAAAUCUGUAUGACGGAGACGACUUCUCAGGAGCGCUAGGCUGCCACUCGCAGGCGAUGAACCGACGUGCAAAUCGACCGGAUGGACCUGGCCUAAGAUGGGGAGCGUGUUGUUCACAAUUGUGUUCGUAGCGUUGCAAAUUGCCACUGGACUGGCCAAUCCUGAUUCUAAGCGACUGUACGACGACCUAUUGAGCAAUUAUAAUCGUCUAAUUCGGCCUGUUGGCAAUAAUUCUGAUCGUUUAACUGUGAAAAUGGGCUUGAGACUGUCCCAAUUAAUUGAUGUUAACUUGAAAAAUCAAAUCAUGACAACAAAUGUUUGGGUAGAGCAGGAAUGGAAUGACUAUAAAUUAAAAUGGAAUCCAGAUGAUUAUGGAGGAGUUGAUACGUUGCAUGUUCCGUCUGAGCAUAUAUGGCUACCAGAUAUAGUGCUGUAUAACAAUGCUGAUGGAAAUUAUGAAGUGACAAUAAUGACUAAAGCAAUUUUGCAUCAUACGGGUAAAGUAGUUUGGAAACCACCAGCUAUUUACAAGUCCUUUUGCGAAAUUGACGUAGAGUACUUUCCAUUCGACGAGCAGACAUGUUUUAUGAAAUUUGGCUCAUGGACGUAUGAUGGUUAUAUGGUCGAUUUGAGACAUCUGCAACAGGCUCCUGAUUCAGACAAUAUCGAUAUUGGUAUCGAUCUCCAAGAUUACUAUAUUUCAGUGGAAUGGGAUAUAAUGAAAGUGCCAGCAGUGAGAAAUGAAAAGUUCUAUAGUUGCUGCGAAGAACCAUAUCCAGAUAUCAUAUUUAACAUAACAUUACGACGAAAGACGUUAUUUUACACAGUGAAUCUUAUAAUACCGUGUGUGGGCAUCUCAUUCCUGUCCGUACUUGUUUUCUAUUUACCUAGUGAUUCUGGUGAAAAAAUCUCACUAUGUAUUAGCAUAUUGCUAUCGCUCACAGUGUUCUUCCUCUUGUUGGCUGAAAUUAUUCCACCAACAUCACUCACAGUGCCACUACUUGGAAAAUACCUACUCUUCACAAUGAUGCUUGUUACGUUGUCCGUCGUGGUGACUAUUGCCGUGUUAAAUGUAAAUUUUAGAUCUCCGGUGACACAUAGAAUGGCACCAUGGGUGCAGCGACUGUUCAUUCAACUCUUGCCCAAAGUUCUGUGCAUAGAGAGACCACCAAAGGAAGCUCCUCCUGAAGAAGCUGUUCCACAGGAUGUGCUAACUGAUGUUUUUCACGUACCACCAGAUAUUGAUAAAUUCGUUGAUUACGGAAGUAAACGUUUUAGCGGCGAUUAUGGCAUACCUGUUCUGCCUCCAUCGCGAUUUGAUGUGGCCGCUUCUGGUGGUAUGGGACCGUGUUUUGGUGAACCACCACUGCCUGCACUGCCAUUGCCUGGUGGAGAUGACGAUCUCUUUAGUCCAACUAGCAAUGAUGACCUAAGUCCAACGUGUUGCCCAGAUCUCAGUCCAACAUUUGAGAAGCCGAUAAUGCGAGAAAUGGAAAAGGCCAUGGAGGCAUCACGAUUUGUGGCCCAACAUGUGCGGAAUAAGGACAAAUUUGAAAGUGUCGAAGAAGACUGGAAGUAUGUUGCAAUGGUUCUGGAUAGAUUGUUUCUUUGGAUAUUCACGGUCACUUGUAUCGUUGGUACGGGUCUAAUACUUUUUCAAGCACCUAGUUUGUAUGAUACAACAGAACCAAUUGAUAUUCUCUACUCUAAAAUUGCCAAGAAGAAGAUGGAAUUACUGAAAAUGGGCAGUGAGCAAGUAUAGCGACCAGCAGGGUUCGCAGCCGGAUACUGGAACAUGUUUCACAGUUGGCUGCGAGCCCUGGUUGAAGAAGCUGCUGCCCGGAAUUGAAAGAAAAAAAAAAACAUUACAGCAACAAAAAUACUAAAAAGAAACUAACCUCCAUUCACAAUUCCCGUGAAUUAAAAUUUAUAAUGUAAAAAUAAAACUUCAUCGUAUUUUUCUGAAGAAAAAAGAAAACAAAUUCAGAAUAAUUCAAAUGAAGCCGCACAGUUAUCAUAACAAAAAAAUAAAAAAAAAAGAUUAAAAAAUAAAUAAAAAACAAAAUAACAAGUAUAGUUAUUUGUAAGGUUAUACCACGUAAGUGAAAAAUUGAUUAUUUCAAAUUCGUUCAGAAAUAUUUUUCAUUCAGCACUGCGGUAGUUGGACAUGGGGUAGCAUAAAACUAAUGUUGAAUUAUUAGUAAAAUUAGUAUUUACACAACAAGCGAAUAUUGUCUUCUGAGAAGAGAUCCAGAUGGUUCUCUUUUUCGUUAAAUAGUCAAAUUAAAGCACAAAUUAGUUGUAUUGUUGAUAAUUUAGUCACGUGAAUAAAUAGUUCAACCAUUAGGGAUUUUAUUAACACGAAAAAGAAACGUAUUUAUACCCAAGAAUCCAAAUAGAAUCGCAAGUUCUUGUAGAAUUUAUCUGUGGAUCUAACAGAAAAAAAUGUUUCUAAAAGCUUUUUAUGGAUUUUCUAAGGAAAACCAUAAAAGAGUUUUGAAAUAUUCCACUAGAAAAAUCUUUUGUAAUUGUUUGUAGAAAAAAUUCAGUGAAAUGUAAUUAAAAACAAAUUUUUGCAAACUACUAAUUUCACAAAUUUAUUACUGAACUACAAGUCUCACAAUAUGCGUUUUUACCAUAAAUUUUACAAAUAGGUUUGUGAAUCUACAAAUGUAACAAACUUGUUUGUCAAACGCCAAGUUUACUAUGAAACUUUUGUGAAACGAAAAUUUCACGAAUCUCAAAAUUUUGAAACUUAAGAGUGAAACAAUUUCUCUCAAAGAGCAGAAGUUUGUCGCUUAUUUGUCACAAUAAUAAGAGAUUAAUUUACGAACAUCCCAAAUAGCACUGGUACGAUAUUACGUCAUGUAGACUUCAAUUUGGUCAACGUGUGUAAUGUUGUACCAGCAGAAUUACUAAAAUUUUACUAAUUUGACAGCAAUCUUAAACCCCAAGUAGCAUUAUGUCAUUGAAGACAGGGCAUGAGGUAAUGAAGACGUAAGAUACGAUAAGACGUAAGAUUAUCUCUUAAUGAAGACGUAACUGGCAUAUCUUCAUUACUACAUCAGGAAAAUGACUAAAAUUUUACUAGUAUGAUAGCAAUACCAUUGCAUUACCAAAACAUUACUUGUACAUCUUUAAUGCUGCACCGGCAGUAUGACUAAAUUUUUAGUACUAGAAUCAGAGUAUAACGUUAUUAAGAUGUCAUUUGAACGCUUUGAAUGUUUUCGCUACAUCAGCGGAUUGACUAAAAUUUUGCACAGUUUGAGCGCCUUAAUUGCUUCGUUAGCACUAUGACUAAAAUUUUACUAGGUUGACAGCAAUCCCAAGUCGCACCAUGUGAUCAGAGUCAGGACAUGAGGUUAUGAAGACACCGUCCGAGAGUUUUGUAUGUUUUUAUUGGAACAACCACUGGUAAAAAUAAAAGGGUCAAAUUCACCCUUUCCAACAAAAAUGGAUCACAUUUGACCCUUUGAAAGGUUCACUUGAAUCUUUUAAAAUUUUGUAUGCACAUUUAUCACGAUAAAUCGUGUUUUAUCAUAAAUUUAUUACUCUUAUCGUAUUUCUCUCAUCUGAGCGAACACUAAAUAUGACUUUUCACUGUUUUUAUUCGUUUAUUUAGGAGAUAAGUAGGUGUCAAAACAGUGACCCUUUCAAAGGGUCAUCGCUGACCCUUUUAUUUUUACCAGUGACAGCAGAAUGUCUAAGUAAGACAUUAGGUCCGGAAGAUACUAUUUGAGCGCCUUUAAUGCUGUAUACGCAGGGUGACUAAAAUAUUACUGGUUUGACAGCUAGUGAAAACUAGAAAAUUACUAGUAGUACCGUAUAAUUUUACAGAAACUGCAUUAGGUCAUGAGGACGUAGUUUCAACGUCUAAAAUACUGCAUCAGCAGUAUGACUAAAAUCUUACAAGAUUGACAGUAAUUACUAGGAGUAUUGCAUGAGUAUGUUGCGGUAACUAAAAGGAUGGAGUCUAUUGACAUAUUCUUUUUACAAUAAUAAUAAACGUCGAUUGAAUUGAUAAUAACAUCGAGGAGGUUUCUGGUUAGAAAGUUUAACAACUUAUUGCUUCUUUGGUAUUUCUCGUUUUCAGUAUGAUUGAAGAAUGUCUCAGUUCGUCAGGUUUACUAAAAUACAUGUACGUCAUGGCAUCUAGUUUUUGCUACUUGGGAUGUUUGAAAUCCUUCAAGAGUUUAAGCUUUCAAACAGUUCUCUUUUUAAUCAAGUGAUUGGUGUUUGGUGAUUCGUAAACCUGUUAAGUCCAAUUAGCAAUAUUUCAAAUCUCAACGGGGCAUUUCCAAGAAGCAUAUUUUCUUAAUGUAGUCUUGUAGAAUUCUCAAAAUAAGGCGUAUUAGAACCAAAAUUCAUAUGGUCUGUUUAUAGCGUUUUUCAUUCAUUCAGUUCCUUCUUCUUAUUAAAAGCCUAUUAAAUGUGUAUUAAAGUACUAUUCAGAGUCUUGGUUCUAUAAGGGCCACUACACAUUUGGAGUAAUUUUCGUCAAAAAGUGAUGUUUUUGAAGGUACCUUUCAUCUGCACUGCCCCUAUAGCCGAUCGGCCGCAAAGUUUCACAGUAGCGGAAAAAUCCAUGGAAUUUAUCUCCUAUUUUUCCGCGUGAGUUUCCAAGGAAAUAAACGCUAAUAUUCCGCUUGGAAUUCUGCGGAGUUAUCAGCUUCUUUUCGCGUGGAUUUCCUUGAAAAAAUUCCGAAGUAUUUUCUUGCAAUUAUCUGAGAGCAUUCCGUGGAAAUUUAAACAAAAUUUCCAUUGAAUAUUCCGAUGAUAUUUUCUGGUAUCUUUCGGCCAAGACUCCGUGGAAGUAAACGCGAAAAAUCUGCAAUUAUUUUUCGCCCUAAUGCUAUAAUUCUUGCGAGCUAGACAUACUCAAAUGAACGAUAUGGUAGCAAUAUUUUCAACUCAAAAGUAGAACUGUGUGUUCGUCUGAUAGAUGAAUACUAUACAAGUUCCAAGUUGCCAAUUUGCAUUAAUCGUCCGUUUAUUUCUGGACGUUUUUUUUGUGGAAAUUCUCUAUGAAAAUUCCACGCCAUUUUUAAUCAAUUUUUGGAAUUAUUUUGAAGAAAAAUAUUUUAAAAAAAAAUCCACAGGAAAAGUCGUGGAAUUCCGUAAUAUUAAACCACGGAAGCCACUAAAGCCCCGUUGCAUGGAAAUUUCCACGGAGAAUUUCGUGGAAAUAAAGAGGAUUUUUCCGAAUUUUUAAAGGGCUGACUGCCGAUUAUACCGCUAAUAAUCGAUUGGAAAAGACGUGGAAAUAUUCGUCAGAGAAAAGUCCAUGGAAACUCGCAGACAUUUCUUAUUAGACGGUCCUAUAUAGAGUUCCGCAAACGUCCAUGGAACGCUAGGAAGAAAAUUAGCGUCAAGUCAAAUUCCAUCUCGUAAGCUUACGCGGAUUUUGAGCGGUAAAAUCCACGGAACUCCACGCGGAUUUUUAACGGUUGAUCAGCGGACAUGACAGAAAAGGCUGCUGGAAAUCCAAUGGAAUCGCCGAGGCCGUUAGCUAUAGGGGCCGUAGGUGGAAGCGUCAGAAUUCUGCUAAAAAAGCGAUUCUUGGCGAAAAUUGCCCUCGGUGUGUAGGGGCCUUAAGAUGGCUAUUUUGCUUGUUCCAUGAUGCGAGUGUCCCGGGUUUGAAUUAUCUUUUUAAAGGUGUUCAAAUUGUAUCAACUGGUUUGAGCAGGUUAUCUCUUUUUUCAAGUCAUACCGUAGAUGCGGGUUAUUUUGUCCUCCGUGAGUGGAUAUACCCCCUGCUUUUCGUAAGCUUUUCUUUAAUUCUAGAACUUAAGGUUGGGCUUUACCGAUCGGAUAGAGUAGAUAUAGCAUCGGUUAAGACCAUCCUUAAGUUUGAAAAUUAAAGAAAAGCUUACGAACUUUAAUUCAUUCGGAAGACAAAGUCACCCUUAUCUACGGUACUUAGUUGUCUUAGGUAUAUCUAUAUUUAAAUGAUAUUCUAUAAUUUCUGGCAUUGAUUUUUAAAGCUUUCACUUGUUCGAGAGAAUUGUAGGCCAUUUAAAGGCCUUUAUUUGUCUUAAGAUGGAAAUGAAGUCCUUUCGGUGUAACAGGAACUGUGGGACCUUAAAUGCCAAAACAAAAGUGAAAUAAUUUUGCCUAGAUUAAGGGAAAGUUCCCAUUCUUUACACGAUCCCAAGCUUAGUUUUGACUAAAUUUUUCCUAUGUUCCAAUAGGGGAAAGUACCCGGUUUGCGGAGUCAAUUUUAUUGAGAAACCUAAGAAAAAUUUAGUCAGUACAAAGCUUGGGAUUGUACGAAGCAUGGGUACUUUCCCCAACUGGCGCCAAAGUAAACUACAAUCAAAAUGACUAGCAUUUCCAUAAACGAUUAAUCCAACAAAUCAAACAUAGUAAAAAAGUUCAAAAUUAUAGCAUAAUGCUAUUAAUUUAAGGAUUCGAGUUGAACUGAAAUAGAACAAUGGGAAAGCGUAAUAUUUCCAAAUUGCAAGUCACAUGCAUUUUCUACAAACUUUAACGAGAUUUUUUCUUCUGUUCGAUCCACUUUUGAAUUUACUCACCAAUGCACAAGAAAAAAAGUUAAUAAUGUCACAUUGGAUAGUGAAUAAAAGUUUCUAGAAAGGUGAAAUCGUCUUAGAAGUAAAAUACUUGUAACUUGUCUGCAACAUCCCAGGAUUUUUCCAAUCAUUAAUUACCCAUAGUACAAAUUGUCAACUUCACACUGCUCUAGAAAAGUUUUAAGUAAUUUUUCUCAAAAAAAUGAUAAAAAAUGAAAUAUUGCAGAAGCUUCAUUUUGACAAAUAUUCGCUCAUUUUUGAUUGCCAAGUCCAGUGGAAUAAUUUCAAAAUAACCAUGUUCCCUCAUUGUCUAAAAGCCUUCGUUCUGAACGAAAGACAUUAAUUAAAAAAAGAAAAAAAAAAGAGAAAAAGUUCAUAAAAUUACUUGUUUAUCCGUGAUAUAUAACAAGAAAUAAAUCAAAUUUAAUACGUCAAUAACAUAUGGAUAACUUAACAAUCUAGUAAAGAAAAAAAACAUUUAAAAACAACAUUUAACAAUAACUAACAUUUUGUGGCUAUUUUUAUAUUCAUAAGAUUAUCAUAUAACUCUUUAAGUAAUGAAAAGAAUAUAAAGUAGACAAAAAAAUUGUUUUAUUUUAGCAUAAACAAAAAAAAAACAACUCAACGACAACAUAAAAAUUAUACAUAUAAUUUAGGAAUAUAAAAAAAACAAUGUAAAUAAGCAUUUGUACGUACUUAUAAAAAAAUGAUUUUCCAAAUCGAAAUUGUUAACUAGUAAAAAAAAAACAUUUCAUUGCUAAACAAUGAAAGCAUGUGGAAUUUUUAUUGAAAAAAAAAAGAUUAAGUGGAAUAAAUGCAACAAUAUGUACAUCAUGCAGGAUAAAAUGUAGAAGUACGUUAAAUAAAACAAAAAAAAAAGAAAACAAGAAUCCUCAUGAAUUUUAUAUAAACAGCAAAAAAUUGUCGAAAAAAUAGCAUUAUUGACAUUUUUUCUGCACACGUGGAAUUGAAAUUUAUUUCAUUUGACAUUCAAUAGUUCGUUUUCUUUCACUAAAAGAAGAAAGCUAAUAAAUGCAGAUACUCAGAGAGGAAAAUAUAUGGAUCUUGAGAUGUUAUUCUUGUGAAGUUUUCAUGGUAAAUUGAAAUAGGGAAGGCUCAAAGGGAUGUUUUCUUUGAACUUUCAAUUUACAAGCUUGUCACUCCUUUUUGUAAUACAUCUUUUCCUUGUGGUGAACAGCUGUUUGAGAUGACAAAUAGGAAAAUAAAGUAGAGAAAGGUAGAGACUCCUUUGUGAAAAGUUCGGAAAAUUCCCCCAACAAACUUUCUUUAAAAAAUAAUAUUUGAGUUAUUUGUUACAUUUUUAAUAUUCUUUGUUGAAUCUCAUAUUUUAAACCACGAUAAUUAAUUUGAAACUUAUAUAAUUUUAGGCCACGCCCCUUUGGGGAACAAAUCGCUUUCUGUCAGAAAGAAUAUCUUUUAUUGAUGAGAGUAAUGAAAUACAAUAACAAAUGCGAAAUGAGCUAAUUAUGGGAGGCGUGGCUUAUUUUUUUUAAGUUAAAUGAAUCAAAACUAUCAUGAAAGAUAAAAAGUCAGGAAGAAAAACUUUUCAUAUUUUAUAAAGAAUUAAAAAUUACGGGAGGAGUGGCUUAUUUUUUUGUCCGCUGUAUAAUUCUCAAUUCGCCAAUUAUUAAUAUUUAUGAUACGGUUCAUUUGAUUAUUACCAGAAGAUGUGCAAUACAUUUUCUCAAUUAAGGUUUUAAUUUAGAAGAGAAUAAACCAGACUAGCCCUAAAGGGGCGUGGUCUUUUUUAAGUAAAAUCAAUUUCUGACAGAAAAACUAUUUUUUUAGUAAUUAUGAUACAACAGUAAAUCUGCUAUGAUCAAUGAAAGACAAAAAAGUCAAAAAGUAAGCACUUCGCAUUCUAUAGAGAAUUAAAAAUUUUAUGAGAGGCGUGGCUUAUUUUUUUCCUCCCGAACGAUUGUCAGUUCUCCCUUCUCUCAUAAUUAAAAUUGACGAGACGGUUUGUGUAGAUAUCAUUUGAAGAUGAUAUUAGAAGAUGGGCAAUAAAUAUCUUCUUUUAGACAAUUCAAAUUACUAGACAACAAGCUCAAUAAGCCCUAAAAGGGGCGUGGCUUACUUUUGAGAAAGUCAAUACAGAAAUUAAUAUUUGUUCUAAUGAAUUACCAAGGAAUAAUAAAAAUACCACGACAAAAGACACUCUGUAAACCAGAAAAUAUAGCAUUUCGUAUAUUAUAAACAAUUAAAAAUUAUAGGAGGCGUGGCUUAUUUUUUGCCUGCUGAAAGCUUCUCAAUUCGCCCGUUAAAUUUUGGUUGCGGAUCUAUCCUCAGUUGGCCCAAUAAUACAAUUGUUGAGACAGUUCGUUUGAAUAUUAUCAGAAGAUGCUAAACAAAUGACUUUAGUAGAGAAUAAGCCCGCUAAAGCCCUGAAGGGGGUGUGGCUUACUUUUGUUGCAAUCAAAUGAAUUCUUGACACAAAUAAAUAAAUAAUAAAUAUUUUUAAUGAAUUAUUAAGGAUUAUUAAGCAACAGUAAAAAUACCAUGCUAAAUGAAAUAUAAAAAUUCAUAAAGCAUUUCGUAUUUCACAAGAAUUAAAAAUUAUGGUAGGUGUGGCUUAUUAUUUGUCUUCUGAACGACUCUCAGAUCUCACAAUAUUAAAAUUUAUGAAAUAGUUUAUUUGAAUUUUAUCAGAAGAUGCACAAUUAAUCUCUUCAUUAAAAACAUAGUUGAGAAUAGGCGCGAUAAGUCUUAAGAGGGCGUCGCUUAUUAUUAUGAAAGUCAAAUCAAUUUUUGACAAAAAAGUACUGAUUAUUAAGCCAACAUUAAAAAUCCCAUGAGAAAUGAUUUAGAUUUAGAUUUAGAAGAGGGGGCGGUCAAAAGUGACCGCUGCACCCAAGCCUCUGUGUUGGGCCCAUUAUGCAUCCCCUAGAAAAAUUUCCACUAUUAAGGGCAGGGGGUGUCAAGCCAGCCCGAUCUCCGGAUGAACUCCAUCAAACAGGCCGGCUUUAUCCCUGGUAAUUCACUCUGAGGCAGUACCGCUUUACCAAGCAGCUUCCGCCUCAAGUUACACAAACUGGGGCAGUCACACACAAGGUGUAUGACCGUCUCUUCAGUCUCAUUACAUCCUCUGCACAUUGGAUCGCAUUGGAUGCCAAUCUUAUUCAGAUGUUUCUUUAAACAAUGGCCGGUUAAAGUGUUGGCAGCCCGCCGGGCUCUCCAGCGGCUGCCACCCACAACAUAAUCCGUCCGUUUUUUAUCGAUAUUGGCCAUGAACAGUCUGGACACACGACAAUUAGUUGUCGCGGUCCAGUCCGUUUGAUGGGCCUUUAACAUGUCUUCUUUUAUAAUAGACUUCCUCACUUGUGAGGAAAGCCCUAAUACUGGUUCAGGUCCAGUGAAAGCUGUCCUAGCUCCCGCAACAGCGAGGCGGUCUGCUUCCUCAUUGCCUGCAAUUUCACUAUGUCCAGGUACCCAGUGUAGUCCAACCUCACAUAUCUGUGAGGUCGCCUCCAACACCUCCUGGCAUUCGGAGACAAGAGCAGACCGCGUGUUCCAACCAGAUGUGGAAAGAAUCGCGGCCUUGCUAUCCGAGAAGAUUUGUAUUUUCCUUCCUUCGACGCCGGCCUCCAUCAGCCUACGCACUCCAAACACUAUGGCAGCAACCUCGGCCUGAAACACAGUUGUGUAUCGGCCAAGAGGCACCGAUCCAUUGAGCUGAAGCUCAGGACAGUGGUAACCGGCCCCUGAGGAGCCUUCCACACGAGAGCCGUCUGUGAAUAAUGCCACCGCUCCAGGUUCAAUAAUUUCCCCCUCGCGGUCGCUCCACUCAGACCUAGAGUGUAUCGUAGAGUUAAUCCGUGUUCUGGGAAAACUUUCGAACUGAAAGUCAUCCCUCAUCAAAAGAUCAGGGUGCCUCCUGACAGGUCCGAGAAAUGAAAAAUAAAGAUAAAAAUACAAAAUGUAAAGUAUUUCAUACUUUAUAAAGAAUUAAAAAUUAUGGGAGGCGUGGCUUAUUAUAUGUCUGAUGAACGAUUCUCAUUCCCGGAUUAUUAAAAUCGAUUAAAAUUGACGGUUUGUUUAAUGAUUAGCAAAACAUGUACAAAAAAUCUAUUCAUUUAAAAAAUUUAUUUUUUUAGAGUAUAGGUUUUAGAGGCCCUAAAGGGGGCGUGGCCCACUGUUUUAGAAGUUGAAUGACUUUUUUUUUAUAUAAAAAAAAAGAUUAUUAAACAACAGCAAAAAUAUCAUGAUAAAUGGAAGAUAAAAUGCCGGAAUCUAAAGCAUUUUGUAAUUUAUAAAAAAAAAGAUUUAUUGGAGGCGUGGUUUAUUAUUUGUCUGCUGAACAAUUCUUAGAUCUCCCAUUAUUAAAAUUGGGAAAUUGAUGCGGUGGAUCGUAUGAAUAUUAUCGGAGGAUACACACUAUAUCUGUUCAUUUAGACAACUUAAUUUAGUAGAGAAUAAGUCCAACAUGUCCUUAAGGGGGCGUGGCCUUGUUUUUAGGAAGUCAUAUCAAUAUUUUGACAGACAAAAUAUUUUUUUUAUUGAUUAUUAAGCAAAAGUAAAAGUACCAUGAUAUAUUAAAGGUAAAAAUUCAUAAAGCAAAGUAUUUCGUAUUUUACUAAGAAAAAAAAAUUAUAGGAGGCGUGGCUUAUUUUUCGUUUGGCGAACGAUCUUCAUUUCGCCCAUUAUUAAAAUUGAUGAGACUGUUUGCGUGGAUAUUAUCGGAAGAUGCGUAAUAAAUUUCUUUACUUGAUUAAAAAAACUAGACAGUAAGCCCAAUGAAUCAUCAAUGGGCGUGGCCUAAAAUACUUUUAGCCAAAAUAAAUCAAUAUACGUUGGAUUUAAUUUAAAGCAAACUUUUCUUCUCUGAGUAUCCAUUUAAACUAAAUUUCCAAGUUACUUUGAAACUUCAAUAUUAAGUCCAAAAAUCUUAAAUGAUUUACGAAAAACAUUGUGUAAACGUUAACAUAAAUAAUAGAAAAAAUACUAAGAAGAACUGUCUGAGCUAGCGAAAUGUGAAUAUGUAUUUCUUGGAGCAUUUGAGUAUCUGAAUAGAAAGAAUUUGGUUUCUAAAAUUAAUGCUAACUAUUUAAAAAAAAACACCACAGAGAAAAGAAAAAAAAUAUUAAAAAAAAGAACAUUAAUAUGAAAGUUUCCAUCUUUCAAAAAAGGUCUCUAAAGAAAAUUAUAUAAAAUAUACAGGGCUUCUUUUUUAUAAAGAUGUAGUUGAAGGUGAAAAAAAGGUGUAAAGAGAUUUUGCGGUCUAAUGUUUGAGACUUGAAGUGAAAAUGAUGAAUUUCUCAAGAUAUAGGUUCUCUAAAAAGCGAUUUCUAUAUUGUUCUAUCCGCACAGUAGAUCAUUGACGCAAUCAAGCAAUAAAAAAAGAAAGAAACAAGUUGUUUUGGUGAGAAAAAGCUGAAGAAAACAGUCGUCUAUAGAAUAGUCCUGUAAGAAAAUAUAGUAAAGAGAUAAUAACUCACAGAACUUUUUUAUCAAACACAAAACACACAUUAACACCCAUUUGUAUUAGUGCUAAGAUAGUAAUAAAAUUAAUAAUCCAGCAUAAAAAAAAUGAUAAGUGAAAGAUAAAAAGAAUACUGUUACUAAACUUAUAAUGAUAGAGAUAAUAAAAAAUUACAAACAUAUUAAUGGAAAGUGAAAGCAUUAAAAUUGUUGGAAUUUGUUCAUAAUGACGCGAUAUUGUCAUUUAUUUUUUAUUAUUUAGAUAAAUAAAUAGCUAUUUAAAUUACUUUAACCUCAAUUGCCAGAAAUAUUUAAAAAAAAAAACAUUUUUUGAAUAAUUUUGAACAAAUUCGGUUUUAGAGGUUGGAACUUGAUAAAGUUUGUUAAUUUUGGGCGGAAUGAAAAGGUAAUUUAACGUUUUGCAACUUUUCAGAACGUCCGAAGUUCACCCCAUGUCCGUUGACGGCGCUAAAGUCGUUUUUUAGGUUAAAGAAAAUAAUACAAAUUUGUAUGAAGCAUACGCUUCACACAAAUUUAGAACUAAUUACGAGGUGAUUGAGGAUUAAAAAUUAACUUAACGGCUUUAUAAAAUUUUGGAAAAAAUAUAGAAUACAACAAAAAGUCUUAGAUUUAUUUGAAUAUUCACAAAAUAAAAAAAAGAACGCAAUUUUCGAGUGACUCCCAUCCUCGAAAAUUCUCAUUGGGCUUCCACUGAUGGUGAGCCUCUUAUUAUUUUCCCUUCAUGAUGAGAUAUUUGGUUAAUCAACAAACUAAAUCCAUAGUUAUCGUCACAGUUAUUCUGUGGAUUGUAAUACAUCUGCCGUAGAAAAUUGAAGCUCACAAAACAACAAAGACAGACAACUGUGAUAAUAUCCAUAUAUCUUUCCUAACUAAUCGCUCAUCAUUCCUAAAUAUCAAACUGUCACUGAAUAGCCAUAUGCACAAAAACACAAGAGACAAGGCUAAAAUCAAGAGCAAUCAUGCACAAAAGACUAGACAUCACCAACAAGAUAAAAGAUUCAAAAAUCUCUGGACAUAAAUUGAUUGACAACUUUGGUCACGUAUGAAGAAGCAAUUGAGCUUGGACAUUUGAUUCCAUUCCACAUUUUCUCCUCAAACUUGUGUUUUCCAUACAAACAGAAAUCCAAAGGACCCAUAAUAAAAUGCUUCAAUAUCCAAUUGUGGCAUUCUAUUGCAAUUUUCCAACGAAUCAUUCGAUGAAUAUUAGAUUAAUGGUGAAACAUUUGCGUUACACGAAUGGAAUUAGAAAAUGAAUAAGAACAGCUACAAAAUCCGUUCAAUACAUAGUCACAUAAGACGAUUAAGAUGAGUACAUAAUUUGUUAUUGGUCGAUUGCGUGUACAUCGCUGUGCGAAAAGUUCAAAAUAGAAAUCAAUAUUUCAUUAAGUCAAAAUUAAAUUUUACUAUCAUUAUAAAUUUGAGACUACAAUUGGCUGAAGAAACUUUAGGUUACGUGAAAAUGAUUUCUUUUACCUCAUAUUCAGGUAGCGCAAUAAUAUUCCCAAUCGACCAAAAUACCAUCCGAAUUUACCAAAAUCUAACCCUAAUUUAAUUUUAAAUGCAAUAAUUUAAAAUUCUCUCGCAAAUUCGACGACAAUGGAAGCCUAAUUUAAAAUAUUAGUGAAAAAAAUAUAUCUUAGUUAAAAAAAUUAUAAAGAAACUAUUUGAAUAGAUGUUUAAGAUUCAAAAGCUUUAUUUGAUCAAUUUUAUGGGGUACGCACAAUUAUUUUCUUUUUUAAUAAAUUUGUUGUUUAAUUAUUUUAAUAUAAUAUUUAUUAUAAUUUUGGUGCUAACAUAAAAAAGAAAAUUGUAGUAAAAAUUCAAGCAAAUUCAGGGGUUUAUAAAGUUUUGGAAUUACGAUUCAGUAGUAUAGGACAGCAAUGAGAUACCCUAAUAUGAACUUAUUUUAGGGCUUCACAUGUAAAAAAGACUUAGAAACAUAAAAGAACAAGUUUAAAACACUUUUAUUUGAGGACUUUGAACUCUGACACCGAGAGAAAUCCGAAAAAGUUAAAAUAACAUUCCAGAAAUGUUAAUUUUACUUUGCAGUAUUGAUCCGAAAACGGUGUAAAUAUUACCCUUUUUAGGUGUAUUAGAGGUUAAAGUUACCCUUUUUCAUGUUAAUUUUACCCUUAAAAAGUGUAAAAUUAACAUUAAAAAAUGUUGAUAUAUUUUUACACCUAAAAAGUGUUAAAGUUAUGACGAGAAAAAGUUAAUCGCACCCUCUUUUUUUCGCAGUGGAUUAGUUCUUCAAAGAGUUUAUUAAGUGCCGAUCAACUGAUCAAAGCGACAGAUCGGUGUCAAUCAAUUGAUCAGUGACAAAGCGGCGUUGAUUAGUGAUAAAUCACUUUUAAUCAUCUGAUCAGAGUAGAUAUUAGUGUCUAGUUUAUCAACUGAUCAAUCGAGGAAGAUCGGUAUCGAUCAGUUGAUCACAAUGCUCACAAUGACAAAUCUUCGUUCAUCAGCUGAUUAGACUUUUAAAUAACGACUGAUCCAGCUAAUUAAAACGACAACUCUGCGUUGAUCAGGUAUUCAGAGUAACAAUUCGGUGUCUAUCAGUUUAUUAAGCAUGAAAAAUCGACAUUAAUCAGUUGAUCACAGUGACAAAAUCGGUGUUUAUCAGCUGAUUAGAGUGUCAAAUCAACAUUGAUCAGCUGAGCUAAACGAAAGCUAUACGUUGAUCAGCUGAUCAGAGUGACAAAUCGGUAACUAUCAGCCGAACAAGUGUAGAUGAUUGGCAUCGAUCAGUUAAGCACAGUGAGAAAUCAACAUUGAUCAGUUGAUUAGAGUAUCAAAUUACGAUCGAUCAGCUGAUACAAACGAGUGCUUAACGUUGAUCAGCUGAUGAGAAAGAUAAAUCGGUAUUUAUUAGCUGAUGAAGUGUGGCAGAUCGUCGCCAAUUAGCCGAUCACAGUGACAAAUCGGCGUUGAUCAGCUGAUUAGAGUAUCAAAUUACCAUUGAUCAGCUGAUCGAAACGACAGUUCUGCGUUGAUCAACUGAUAACUGUGACAAAUUAAUGUCUAUUAUCUGAUCAAAAGUGGCUGAUUAGUAUCGAUCAGUUGAUCACAAUAACAAAUCGGUGUUGAUCAGCCGAUUAGAGUAUCAAAUCACUAUUGAUCAGCUGUUCGAAACGACAGCUUAACGUUGAUCAGCAAAUCAGAAUGACAAGUCGAUCUCUAUCAGCUAGUCAAGUGUAGCAAAUCGGCGCACAGCGACAAAUCGGAAUUGAUCAGUUGAUUGGAGAGUCAAAUAACCAUUUAUCAGCUGAUCACAGUGAAAAAUUAAUGUCUAUUAGUUGACCAAGCGUGGAAAAUCGGUAUCGAUCAAUUGACCACAAUGACGAAUGAGCUUUAAUGAACUGAUUAGAGUGUUUAAUCAACAAUUAUCAGCUAAUCAAGACGACAGUUGUGUGUUGAUCAGCUGAUCAGAAUGACAAAUUAGUGUCUAUCAGCUCAUUAAGUGUGACAAAUCGGCAUCAAUCCAUUGAUCAGCUGAUCAAAACGACAGCUCAACGUUGAUCAGAUGACCGGAGUGAUAAAUUAAUGUUUAUUAGCUGAUCAAUCGUAGCAGGUCGGUACCGAUUAGUUGAUGACAGUAAUAAAUCGGCGUUAGUCAAAUCACCAUGCAUUGAUCAACUGAUCAGAGUGACAAAUCAGUAUUUAUUACUUGACCAAGCGUGAAAGAUCGAUGUUGAUCAUCUGAUACGGGUAACAAUUGGGGAUGACAAGGUGAUAAAAGUGAUAGAUCGACUGGCUGUUAGCUAAUCUUAUUGAUAAAUCGUCAUCUCUCAGCUAAUCACAGAGACAGAUUGGCGCCGAUUAGGUUCUGCUACUCAAUAUUUUAAGUGAAAUUCGUAAAUAUUUAUCGGAAAAACAUUAGCUUGGGUUAAUGUGACAUUUUACCGUUUAAAUGUGUUCAUUUUAAGAUUUUCUAAACCGGUCAAUUUGUCUAGGUUUUGGUAGGUUUAGUGUUAAAUAUGAACAAUUUUAUUUAGCCGGAUUAAAAAAAAACGUUUAAAAUCUGAAAAAAGUAAACAAAACAGAUAUGACUACAUUUUUUGCAAACGACGAUAUUACACGAUCCGUUCCGAUUCAAAACUUGUUAUGAAUUUUAAAACUUGUAUUUUGACAGCUGUGUUUUUAUUUCUGAUGUGUAUAGCUCUACAAGUAGGGAAAGGACAUAACUAGGUAUUUAAAUUUUUUGAAAUAAAUGAUUUUAGUAAUUUUUAAAAUAGUGAAAAAGCCAGUACGUUUAAUUUGGGGUUGCCAGUGGAUUUCACUACACUUUUUCCGAAGAAACACGAUUUCUAACGAUCUCAUUUCUAUCUUACAUCGUUGAUUGAUAAACAUAUUUGUUUAAGCUUAGUUAGGGUAAUUCGGAAUAUUAGAUUCCGUUAGGGUAAUUCGGAAUCAUGUCUAAUUAUCAGAUUUCUUCUUUGCUUUAAAUGGUCAAAGAGAAAAAAACUAGGAAGAAGUACAAGACUUUACAUUAAAGAAUACGUCUUUGUUGUUUUUUGAUUUUGCCAUCUAAAACUGUUAGGAAAUCUCACAUUUCCAAAUUAGACAUGAUUCCAAAUUACCUUAUCUCAUCCUACCCCCUGAGCAAAUUACUCCUAUUUUCUUGAAAAUUUCUUUAGUAUAUUGACUAAAAUACUUAUAAAUUUUAUGGUCACAAACAAUAAGCUUCAUUUUUUGUGUUAAGCGGUAUUAUUAUUAUUCGUAUCGAGAUAUAUUUUUUUACAAUGUAUUCUGCAAAGUCGUAUAUCCCGUGGUGGAAGAAAUGUACUAAGGCCCUUUUAGACCGCCCAGGAGCGCCUUCUCUACCAUGUUGCUGUUUCUUCCGUGCUCCCGGAGUUUUUUUGGACAAGGCGGUGCAUUAUGUUAUGUUUUAUCACAGUGAAAAUGUCUUUCAUGUCGAGUCAGAGAUCUCAUCCGCCCAAGACCUAACGGUCUUGCCUAUUGCGCCACUGAGAUCCCCGUUACGCGGUUAUUGUUAAGCGGAAUUGUUAAGCGGUCUUCAAACUAGAGGUUUAGCCCAGUUCCAAAAGGUCUCAAAAUAGUAAAUACCGAGUAAUUUUAUUGUUUUUUGAGAGCCUAAUAGGUGGUUUAUGAAUGAUAAGAAAUCAAACCAGAUAAGCCAUAUGGCUAAACCUUAGGUCUGAAGCCCGUAAUACCUUUGUUACAGGAUAUUCUUUACCGACCGAACAGUGCUAGGUAGGAUUGAUUAAAGCGAUUUCUUUAAGAAGAAUUAAAGAAAUUAUUUUUUUGUUAUUAAAUAAGUCAUAUAUUUUUCUCUCAUAGUUCGGAAAACUAGGUUGAAAACCAAAGUAAUUGUGCGUACCCCAUAAGGAGGACAUUUCUCUUUAUUGAGGCAUGUUCAUGAUAUGAAAACCCAAAGAUUAAGUAGUUCUACGAUUGAUAAAAAAAACUUAAAAAACAGUAUUGAACUAAAAGUAACCUUGAUAUAAUGCAAGAACAUUUAAAAUACCCCAAAGCCUUGUCUUGGAUCAAGACAAGAAAGCCAUAGCACGUGUUGACGGUAUUUAUUUCUAAGCCAGAAAGAACAUAUUGCCAAGUGUUGGCAAAUCCACGAAAUGUACGCCCUAUCCAUUUUCAUCCCUUCAGAAAUUUCCAAGAAAUUUUCCAUUUGCAGAUUAUUAUACAUCUGUGCACUGCAGAAGUUUGAAAAAAAAGUAAAAAAAUACGUUCCAAAAAGAGAAAACAAGUGUAAAUAAAAUAGGUAACAUAAAGAAAUAUGUAAGGAAACUGUACGAGAAUUUAGUUAAGAGCAAAAUAAUAAAAUAGUAUGUAAAAAAAAACACAGUUAACAUGACGAGUAGUUAAUACCUACGUGUAAGUUUAAGAGAUAUUGAGUAAGAAUAUUAAAAAAAUAUGAUAAAAAAAAUUGAAGUAAAAUGUUAUGAUCGCAUUAUGAUGUUAUGAUAAAUUUCUGAGAAAAAAAAGAUAUUUUAUAUAAUAAAUACUUUAAUUUUUUUAGUGAUUACUUGAUGAAAAAGGAUUCCCUUAAUUUUUGAUUAUUGCGGAAAUAUCAAAUGAUUAAACACUUGAGAUUAAAAAAAACAAAAGAAAAUAAUUACAGAUUAAUCCUCAUUUUCAAAUCAAGUGUCUUCCACAUUCAGAACUUUUGCCAUGCUUUACUAUCUGAAUUAAUGAGUUUUGCUCGAGUUUAUAUACUUUUCAAAAUUGAAUAGAACUUUCUCCUGAAAAUUACAAUCUGCCAUUAGCACUAAAAAAAAGAGAACUUACCACACGGCAGAACUACCUUCCACUCUCCUAAAGGCUGCUCAUGCGUAAAGAAAACAAUCAUUUGUGUUGUGAACUAUUAACUCUUUGACCUCUGCUUAAUUGUUACAAAUUUUUAUAGUUACUUUGUCUCUUAUUUGUCACUGAAGGAUAUGAAUUAGAGAAAAAAAAAUAGAGAAGAAAAGAAUGUUAUAAUACUUUUCAAUCAAAUGUCUUCUUUUCAUUACGAAUUGUAAUGAAUAAAAAAAAUUCAAAAUUUAGUAUUAACAGCCCCCAUAUGCUUCGAAAGCAAAUAGAUUUAUAUAAAAAAAAUGUGAACUUGUAAUUUUCAAUUCACAGAGAAAACGGUUUCACAAAUUAAAUAACGAUAAAACUUUUUGUAAAAGCCCCCGGUAAAUAAAUUACAAAGAUGACUAAUUUAUUUUAAAUGAUAAAAAGAUUUAUUUUCUAAUUUUUUUUUUUGGUAUUUAGAAUGUCAGAAAGCUUGAGAGUGUUUGGAAAAUAAAGUGGUUGUGAUGAUACUUUUAUUAUUGGUUGGUUUUUUGAACUUUAAAUAAAAAAAUUAUUUAAGUAAAAUUAAAAUAAAAAAAUCUUUCACCAACAGCCCUAAAAGAAAAUUCAGCACUAACCACUGCAAAUUUAUAAAAAAAAUAAUUCUUAAAUAUAAAAAUUUCUUUAGAAUAUAUUUUUUUCAAUUUUUAUUGAAUGAAAUCAAUAACGAAUAAAAGAAACGGAAAUAGGAAGACUAACUAAAAAAAAUAUUAAAAAAAUAUAUUAAUUAGACUAAAUAUGUAAACUUGGAGUAUAGCGUAAUCAUUACUAACUAAAAGUGAAUAAAAAAAAAAGAAAUAUGGUAAGUAAUUUCAUUUUAAAUAUAGACAAUCUAUGAAAAGUAACAAAAAAAUGCUCCAAUAAAAUGGACUUAAUAUGAUAUUCCAGUAUAGAGCUUCCUCAUUUUUGAAAAAAAAAGAAAGAAUAAAAAUUAUUUAAAAAAAAAUAGAAAAAACAAAAAUUAUUGGCAUUGUGUUCGAAAUUUGUUUCAUUUUAGAAAUAAAUUUAUAAAAAAAUCCUUCCUAAAUUGUAAAACCAGAAAAAAACAGAACUGCAAAAUAUGUAUAGUAAAAAAAAAUUAAGAAAGCGGAAAUCUAACACUAAAAAUAUUCUGAUUAAUUGGACAAGAACACACAAACUUAUUGAGAGAUAAGGAUACUCCACAGAGUUUCAGGAAGUCUCACUUCAACUAACUAUAGUGCAUAUAUUUGUAUUAACAAUAUUACACAAAAGCACACGAAAAAAAAACUCACGAUUAGCUCUAUUAAUUGCCAA